AAUUGUGGGGAAAAAGACAAAAUAAUGAAGGAAAAAACAAAUAUUUAAGAAAGUUGAGAAUAAAAGAAGAAGAGAUGAUAGUGAUGAUGAUAAGAUUCGAUUUAAAAUCAAAAUGGGUCCGAAAUAUACAGCUGGUGUUGGAGAAGUACAUAUUUUAAUAACACUUUAAAGUCAUAAAAUUGAGUUUGGGUGGGGGAGGAGAAGACACCAGGUUACGAUUUAUAUUUAAGAGAACAAAAUCGAGGUCUUUGGACAGUGGAAAACGAAAACUCUAGUUGUGUAAAAGGGACGUGAGUUUUGAAUUUUCAGAUAUUUGAUGCUCACAAAAUUAGGUGGUGGACGUAUUAUAGGGGACUAUGAUGAAUGAUAUCACUAGAGGAAUUAGGCGGUGUAACACAAAAUUAGGCAUUUUUUUAGGCCAUCAAUCAUUUCUCCUAAGAAUUUGGUUGCUUAUGUUAAUUGAUCUAACGAUGACGUGAAAGCCAUCUCAUGACUUCUAUUUUUCUCUUAGUAGUUAGGAAAGUCAUUGGGGUUAUGAUUCUAUCUAUAGCUUUUUUUGGGUCCCAAGUUCAUUUGACUUACGUUAGGAUUAUAAACUGGAUUUGCUCAUUCACAACCAAAUUGAAAAAGAAAACUGUUGGUGAAAGCAAGAGGAUCAUAGAAGUUGAGUUGAAUCUUCUUUCUUUGUAGUUCCGGAACUUGUGGGUCGGAUUAACCCGAUAUUUGACUUUGGAAACAAGCAUUAAUAAGCUUUGUUCCUUUCUGACUAUUAGGUGAGUAAAAAAAAAAACCUUACUUGCUUAUUGAAUUUUAGUAAAGAACAAUGUGAAGUGGUUUCAUGGACCAAGUCGGUCCCAACAUUUUGAAUCAAGCCCAAAAGCCACAGUGGUUUCAUGGACCAAGUCUUUAGAUUAAAAUUCAAACGAGAUUAACGGUUGUUUUUUCAUAUGCGGACUUAUGCAAUCGAAAAUGCUAUACACCUACCAUCUGGUCCAUAUCCGAGUGCAUAACUGGACCGGAUUGGUCUUGAACUUGAUUCGAUUAUUCUAAAAAGAUGGCUGAUUGACUUGUUCAUCAUGGAAUCUUAUGAUUAACUUCUUUGGUCAACUUGGGCAGUUUUCAACCCACUAGACUUGUUGUGAUCACAAACAUGGCAACAUCAACUUCAAUAUUUAUGACCUUUUCAACCAUGAAUAUACCUUUACUAAAACCCUCUCUUAAUUUUCGAUUAACUUUGACUAAAUAAUAAUCACACACAAAACAAUGGAUCACGAUCUCGACAAAUUCCCUUUACUCUCCUACGUCCUUCACCAACUCGACUCCAAUCUCCACGCGCCGCCGUCUAUGGCCGCGCAACAAACCCUCCUUCCUUCUUUUCCUCUUCUCUCCGACCCUCAAGUCAUGUCCUCGUUGACUCAGUUCAUCCCUACAACCAUCACUCAGACGCUUUCCGUUUACAACUCUCUCGGAUCUCGUCCCGAUCCCUUAGCCGUUUCCUCUGCUCGCUCCAUGAUCGCUCAGAUUAUGGAUUCGCUCUCGCCCGAAGCAGCGGCUAAGGAGACGGAGUUAUACACUGGGAUUGUGCGGUUGGACGAAGUGCACGAUAGCUACGAGAAGAAGUUGAAGGAUUUGGAGGAGGAGCUUUCUAGGGUGUAUGCUACGGAGGUGGAAUCGAUGUUGAGAAGUGGCCAAGAAAUGAACGAGGAGGUUGUUGCGGUGCUCAAGGCUGCGGAGUCUGGCGGAGUCGUUGAGAGGAUAGAUUUAUCCGGCCAAGAACUUAAGCUUCUCCCUGAAGCUUUUGGAAAAAUCGUUGGCUUAGUUUACUUGAAUCUCUCCCGCAACGACUUGACGUUUAUACCCGAUGCAGUCUCGAAACUCAAGAAUCUAGAAGAGCUCGAUGUAUCUUCGAAUUCUCUUGAAUCUCUUCCUGACUCUAUUGGAAUGUUGCUUAACCUUAGGAUCCUUAAUGUGAAUGGGAACAAUCUAACUACACUCCCUGAAAGUAUCGCGCAUUGCAGGUCACUGGUUGAGUUAGAUGCGAGCUACAACAACUUGACCUCAUUACCUACAAACAUCGGAUACGGAUUACAAAACCUUGAGAAACUAUCGAUCCAGUUGAACAAACUCAGAUACUUUCCAGGUUCGAUAAGCGAAAUGUAUAAUCUAAAGUAUCUUGACGCACACAUGAACGAGAUCCACGGGAUUCCAAAUUCUAUCGGGAGGUUAACGAAACUCGAGUUUCUAAACCUGAGCAGCAAUUUCAACAACUUGAUGGGUGUCCCUGACACAAUCACUGAUCUAACUAACCUGAGGGAUCUUGAUCUAAGCAACAACCAAAUCCAAACGAUACCGGACUCGUUUUACAGGCUGAGGAAGCUGGAGAAACUGAACUUGGACCAGAACCCGCUUGAGAUCCCAUCUCAAGAAGUGGCUAAACAAGGAGCUGAAGCGGUUAGAAAGUUUAUGAGGAAGAGAUGGGAUGAGAUUAUGGCAGAGCAGCAACAGAGGAUUGGCGUUGAGGCUGAGAGACAUGGAGUUGAAACAGGGUGGGUCUAUUGGGGAACCUCCAUGGUUACUAAUCUUGUUUCUGGAAUGACUCAGACCAUUGGACUUGGAGGAGGAUCUAGUGAUGGUAAAGAUAAGAAACCUGGAGACUCUUAUUAUUAUCACCAACUCUAACUUCUGCUGUUUUAAAAAAAUUUUGGUUUACUUUCUUGUGAACUUAUCGUUCCUCAUUCUACCCUUGUGUGUAAGUUGUAACAUAAGUAUAUGUAUUUUAUUUCUAUACAUUUUUUUUAAUACGUUUCCCCACGAAA